AUGAAUGCUCAAUUAAUUGUAUUGAUUACUAUUUUGGAAGAUGUCUUUAAUUUAAUGAAAAUGCUGGAUGUUACAAUCUAUUAUUUAUAUUUUAAUUAUAUGCUCAAAUGGAUGCAACAUUGUAAUUCUAUUUGUAGUGAUGGAAUAAUAGUUAAUUUUACUGAAAGAUGUGAUGAUGAUAAUUAUAUUAAAUUUGACGGAUGUAAUUUUGUGAAUUUUAAUGCGAUGCUUAUUGUCUUACUUGUAUUUAAUCAUAGUAUCUAUCUUGUUAAAAUGGUUAUUAAUUAAUUGAGAAUAGAUGUUUUACUAAGUGUAAUAUCCUGAAUAAUGUGAAGAUGGAAAUUUAACAUAAUAUGAUGGAUGGUUUAAUUGCAAACUUUAAUGUUCUACAUAAUUCAUAAAUUGCUAAUUUGGGAUCUGUCAAUAGUGUGAUGAAUUAAAUGGAUGUUAUAAUUAAAUAUAUUAAGAUAUUUUUCUGAAUUUACAAUCAAAUGGAAUUUGUUAAAGUGUAUGUAGAGAUAAUAUAACUGUUCAUGAAGUUGAAGAAUGUGACAAUAAUACUCAUCUAACUAGACUUUGUAAUUAAUGUUAAUAUUUAUGUGAAUAAAAUUGCUUAGAAAGUAUUAAAGGUUUGUGCAGUUUUCGCAUUGAUGGAUAUAAAUUAUUAUCAUCAAUUUAAAAUUUAUUUAAGUUUGUGAUAAAGGAACUUUAGUUAAGGAUAUUCAUAAUAUUUGUGAGGACAAUAAUAAUCUUUAAUAUUAUGGCUGUUAUUCUUGUUAAAUUAGCUGUUAAUCAUCUUGUACUUUAUGUCCUUUACACGGAUGUUAGGAAUGUAAUGUAAUAAUGAAGAAUGGAAAUUAAAUGAAUAAUAAUAUAAAUGUGAACCCAUUUUUGGAGAUGGAAUAAUUGUAUAAAAAAUUGAAGUAUGUGAUGAUUUGAUAUAUCAGAAUUGUUAUCAAUGUAAAUAUAUUUGUUAAGAUUCUUGUUUGAUAUGUCAUAAAGGUAAUUGUUUAAAGUGUUAAAAAGGAUGGUAACUUGAUUUUCAGAAGAAAUGUUACCCUAAAUCUGGAGAUUCUUUAGUAGUUGGAAAUGAGUAAUGUGAUGAUACGAAUUUUUAAGGAGCAGAUGGCUGUUUUUAUGGAUAAUUUGAUUUUCCUGAAGAUUGUGAAUAUUGUUAUAAAGGAUUAUGCUUAAGAUGCAUUUAAGAAUCAAAAUAACUUGAUUAAAUUAAUAAUUAUUGUUAAUCAUUUUGUGGAGAUGGAUAUUUAUCAAAUGAUGAAUAAUGUGAUUAUGCAACAUAUAUUCCAUAUGAUGUUUGUCCUUAAUGUAAAUUUUAAUGUAAUGAUUAUUGCCAUAUUUGUAACUAUGCGGAAAGUUUUUAAUAUUUUCUUGGAUAUGAAUUAGAUACAAUUAACAAUACUUGUUAAAGUAUAUGUGGAGAUGGGAUUGUUGCACAUGAUGAAUAAUAUGAUUAUGGAGAUUUACAAUUAGAAGAAGAGUGCUUUAAUUUUAAAUUUGUGUUGAUGGUUAAUGUUUUUAAUGCUAUUCCCCAGGUUGGGAUUAAAUCCAAUUGA